AUGCUUGUCGAGAACGCAAAGUCAAGGUGUCAAUUCACCAAGGAGACCAACCGGCGAAUGUCAUCCAUCAAACAGGUCCAGGAUCUUCAGAGUCAGAUUGCCGAGUUGACUCAUGUCAACUCUCAGCUGCGCACCAAGGUCUCCGAUGGUGAGCCUUUAGAUCCCGAACGGACAGACACGAAGCGCAGGCUUUCUGAAGCUCAGAUUGGCGCCAUACCGGGACCACGUCCGAUCACAAUGCCAGCCUUGAACAACUUCGACCAGGUCCGCAGCAACAUCCGAACACAUGCCCAAGGCAUAUUUUCUACACCCCAUCACGAUCCAAAGGGCGCUGGAUUGACAAAUUGGCGGUCACCCGAGAUACCAACACGCGCAGACUUUGCGUACCUCGCUCGCUCAUACAUGGAGACGAUACACGAGUCGUAUCCUGCUGUUCACUGGCCCACUUUUCAACGAGAAGUGGACGAAGUGUACACUUCGAAAACAUUCGAGGGUUGCUCUCGUGAAUGGGUCGGAUUAUUCUUUGCGGUAUUGGCUUGUGGCGCUUUGCAAGCUGAACCGGCGCACACCAACUCUCCUACCUCAGUGUCAAAGGGCCAGGCAAUGUAUGAGACCGCGACUGCUGUUCUCCAGUCCUGGCCGCAUGAUGUCUCAGUUACAUAUGCCCAAGCAGCACUUCUGUUGAGCAUCUACGCUACUGAGUGCAACUUGGGCCCUGCGGGCUCUAUGUGGCUCGCCUCUGCCGCGAGAAUGGCUCAGGAAUUGCAAAUAUGCCCUGAAGUCGAUGUCUGGCCUCUUGUCGACGGUGAGAUCCGACGUAGGCUCUGGUGGUCCAUCUACGUUCGCGAUAGGAUCAUGUCGCUUGAGACAGGCAAGCCUAUGAUCAUCAACGAAAUCGACUGCGAAAUAUCUCUGCCAUCCGCCGUGGACGACCGCUACAUCCAACCGAACAGUUCCUUCCGCUCAUUAGCGAAGCCAACUCACUAUACUGGGUUCAUGGCGAACAUACACAUCACACGCCUAUAUGCGCCACUGCGGCAAAUUCUCAAAUCAAGCGUAGUUCUCCCACAGAGCCUACAAAGCUUUGAUGAAGAGCUUCGACUUAAGUUGCUGCUCCUUCCUGAAGCCUACCAGCCUGAUUCCAAUACACUGUUCGACAUGUCGGCACUGCCUACAAUCUUUUGCUUGUUGUCCGCUCGCUUUAGUGUGUACCGGCGCAAUCUGACUCCAGUAGCCGGUCUCGCGGAGCGAGAUUCUGGAAAAACAUGGGAAGAGCUAGUAGCUUCGAUAGCGAGCAAUGCCGUAUGUUUGCACUUGUGGAGAUGUAUACUUGUGCUAUGCUUCCGUGGCGAGUACAAGGCUGCACUCGUUUGCUUGCAUCUCUCUAGGGCUAUUGGCAAUCGACGGAAGGUCAACACGGCGUGCGGAAAGCACGUGGUAUUCUUCCUCGAAAGGAUGUUCGACAGAGUGCGUACCGGGCGCGCAAGCAGUCAUCAGCUCGAGCAGGAUGAGGAGAUGAUCGCGUACGUCAGUGCGGACGCUCAAAGCAGCCUUGAGCAUUCUUGGGUUUGGGCGGGUGAUAAUUUGAUCUCUUCGAGCAUGAAGCCAGACCCGACCCCCAUCGCUACAAGAUCGCCGAGCGGCGAUGAACCGAUGCGGGACGCACUACCAUUGCGCACGUCAUCUGGUUCACCGAUGAACACUACAACUGAACCGGAUGAGUGGAGCAAGGUUGAGCAAAUGGUCAAGCAGCUGAUGGAUGAGCUCCUUCAUCGAUCCACGCAAUCGCCUGCCUACUAUCCUCCACCCCAUAAUCCUGUUAAGCGCGUGCAGUUGGCACCGGAAGCACCACCACCACCAAAGAUGGCGCCAAACCCAAGUCCGACACCGUCAGGCACAAGUCGCAUCAGCAUUGCGAACAUUAUAUGA